AUGACCGACGUGUUCACCUUGUUGACGCUGCCGAAGACGUCCAAUGCAUUCACAUCCUUUGCCGCGUCGUCUUCUGCAGUUAGUUCCUCAAGCUCAGAGUCCGGGUCGGCAUCUCCGCGCAAGACUCCUCGUCUGGCGGCCGACUCUGACUCCGCCUCUGCCUACAGGUCCCGCAGACAUGUGCACAGUGAAGGUCCUGUCGUGGUAAGGGUGCUUGGGCAAGCAGUCAAGCCAUCUACCCAAAACGGAGACGCAGACUUCGCGCUCGUAACAAGAUGUGUGCGCAUCCUCUUGAACAAGGGCAAUGUUGAUCCCCUUCCGGCAACCUACGAGCAAGUCUACUCUGCUUGCCGGUCAACGAUCUGCGUGUAUGACCGGGGCGAAGGCUUGUUCGAGAAUGUGAAGAUCGAGCUGGAGAGGUGUGUCGGGAGACUGUCGAAGGAGCUCGUUUAUGAGGACUCGAAGGGCGUCGAGUGGCUACUCCCGUUCAUCGAGACUUGCGCUUGGUUUGAGAAACAAGUGGCCCUACUACAACCUCUCUUGGCGUUCCUCGACAGGUUGUACCUUACAGAACGCAAGAGUCUCUCCGAUCUGCGCCGUCUCGCAUAUGAUCUCUUUGCGGAGAGGAUCUUAGAAAGCGUAGACGUAGUAGAAAGGCUGCAAGCAUGCAUAAAAUUAUGGGUAGAAUGGGAGCGACAGAACAGAGCGAACCAUGAAUUGCGUCGUCUCAUACCUGCGCUCAUCAAACAUCUACAGAAUCACUGCCAAUAUGAGGGCCAGUUCGAGUCCUACUACAUUAACCUCACGCGCGAGUUCUACACGCAGGAGUCAGCCGAGUACGCGAAACGACUCAAGGACAGUGCGCGAGGAUUCUUGAAGCACUGCGAGGCGCGGCGUACGGAGGAGUUGAAGCGUGCUCAGGAUCUCCUGCCGGAAGAAACCUGGAAUCAAGCUGUGGACACCACCGACCGGGCGCUGCUGACGAAUAGACUCGAUUGGCUAGCGAAAGACGCUUUGGGUCCUCUCUUGGAUGCAAGGAGCGAAGGGAAUCUCGCCAAGAUGUAUAUGCUCUUUGAGCGGGUUGACGGACUCGAGGUCAUGUGUGCAGCCUUCAAGACACACGUCCAGCAUACCAUCCGCAAGAUCGUCAAUGACGUCGAGCAUGACGAAGAGAUGAUGGACAGACUGCUCGACUUCAAGGUGUUCGCAGACAAGCUCCUGGAGAAUGCAUUCGUCACUAGGGAAGAACCCUCUGCGGCAUCCAAGGCAUCCACAUCAACUGCAGUACCGGAGAAUGGGCGCAAUAUGGUGUUUUUGUACGCCCUCACCGACGCCUUCGAGACGGGCUUCAAGGCGCGCCGGAACAAGCCUGCAGAGAUGAUUGCCAAGUAUCUCGAUAGAGCAAUGCGCAAGGGCCAGAAGGGCAAGAAAGACGAGGAUUUCCAGGCGGAACUCGACGCCGCUUUGGCGUUGUAUCGCUACACAAACGACAAGGACGUGUUCAGGACGUUUUACCACCGGGCUCUGGCCAAGCGACUGCUGCUCGAGCGGUCGGCAUCAGAUGACUUCGAGAAAGCCAUGCUGAAGAAGCUUAAAGAGAAUUAUGAUCCCGAAUUUGGAAUGGGAGACCGUAUGUUCAACGACCUCGCGCUUUCGCGAGACAGCAUGAGGGAGUACAUUGAACACCGCGAGCGACUCGGCGACGACGACGACGCGUCCACACACAAGCUAUCAGUUAUGGUACUCCAGCGUAGUUCUUGGCCAUUCGCAGCACGUACGCACGACAUUGAUCUUCCUCCUGCCAUGCAAGCCGAUUUGACCAAGUAUGUUACCUUUUACAAGAGUAAGCAUCAGGGGCAUAAGCUUGAGUGGGAUCACGCGCUGGGAACUGCUACCUUGAGAGCGAGUUUCAACACCGGGGAGAAGGAGCUCACAGUCAGUUUGUACCAGGCUGUGGUUCUUUUGCUGUUCAAUGAGGCUGCGGAGCUGUCAUUUGCGGAGAUCAAAGAGCAGACGCGUAUGGAGGACGCGGAACUUCGCAGGACAUUACAGAGCCUGGCGUGCGGGAAAAAGCGUGUGCUGAGGAAGGUACCGCAUGGCAAGGACGUUGACGACACAGAUAACUUCCAUUUCAACGCUGACUUCAAUGAUCCGAGGUAUCAAGUGCACAUCAACUCCAUCCAAGCCAAGGAAACGGCCGAAGAGUCGAAGCGCACGCAGAACUCCAUUGAGGGAGACAGGAAGCAUGCAUUGGACGCGGCUAUCGUCCGUGUGAUGAAGGCGCGCAAGGAGCUGCACUACGAGCAGUUGAAGGCAGCCACCAUUGACGCGGUGAAGAACCACUUCGUACCAGAGGUGAGCAGCAUCAAGCAGAGGAUCCAGGGGCUGGUGGAACAGGAGUAUUUGAGGAGAGACGAGGACGACAUGAACCUCUAUAUUUAUGUCGCAUGA